GUUUGAUCCCUUUGUUGCGCGACGGUUCGCCCCAUAGACACGGCGUCUCGGAGCUUCGCAAAUUUCUGCUUGAGCUUAGGCCAAUCGUGAGAGACAUGGUUGCGUGAACAACUAAAACAGGGCUUCAAGUGAUUGCUUCGCUCUUUUUUAAUGAUUAAAGUUUCGAAUUUUUUUUUGCUUCGUCCUGCGAAUUUUUGCAUACUCAUCUUCGUGGUCGCGCUCUUUUAUCUUUCGUAUUGGACCCCGACUCGUACUAGCCACUGCCUGUUACUAAAUAUUUUUCAGAAGCUUACGACCGCUGAUGUUUCACUUGGUUAGCUACAGCCUCGUAAUACCUUUGCCUGUUGCUGUGCUAUUGUCCUCGAUAGAGAAGUCAUCUGCUGUUAAUCUUAACGAAAGAAAAAAAAUGCGCGUGGUGGUUCGGACGCCGGCGGGCUUGGCGCCAACAUUUUGGGUGCAGGAAACCGAUCUUGUUGGUGUUACGUUGAGAAGCAAGCUGCGCGACGCCGAGCAACUACCAAAAGACUUGGUGCAAGAUCUCUGUUUAUGGCACCUGGGGGAGAUGAUCUUGGCCUCUGCCUCUGGUAUUGAAGACGACAACCACGCAGCUGGCGAGGAAGCAGAAAAAAACCAUCCAUCAGCAUCAGGUGACCAUGGUGAAAAGCCAGCGCUUCUUGGUCCGCCUCCACCCUGGCGCUUUUCCCACCUCAAGCAGCGGGUAAAACAGCUGCUGCCCAACACGCCCGCGUGCCGGCCGCUUCAACUGGUUGCUUCGCGGACAUACAUGUCGCCGAUUGUCCACGGGUACGAGCAGGUCUACGCGCAGGUCGACGAACAGCUACAUCACGUCGAAACAGGAAAUCGGGGUUUGCCCAGGUUGGAACCGUUUGAGGACAACUUCAACGCUGUGACGAAGAUGAUAGCCGCAUCUGCCACCUGUAGUUUCUCAUCUCACACAAAAUUUGCGGAGAAGUCCAGUCGGGCGGAAAGGGGCGCACCGAAGAUCCAAAUCGACAGCUAUCGCACACCGAUUAUCCGCGUUGACGUGCUUGAGGGCUUUUCUGAUACCCGAAGAGACUCAGCAGUCUUGGCGGAGGCACGCACCCUGGACGAGGGAUUGGAGAUUCCGCUGCAAUACUCGACUGUGCGAAAAGACAUUGAUUAUGACGUUGCCGGCCGCGUUUUGUCAGCUAUCGGACAGAAGGUGUACACAAUUCCGACGAAGCCCGCGGCGAAAAGGUUUCAGACUGCUUCUGGCGACCAUUUUUUUUCGAGCGACGUUGUGGUUGGCGCCUCUCCCGCGCAGCGCGAUUUUCUACUUCCUGUCGACACGAAAAGCUUUAUGGAGCAGGAAGAUACUUCUGCCCUGGCACAGGCUAACUCAAACUCUCCAUCUACCUUCAAGCAACAGACGAGGGCAAGUAUGACUUCAAGCGCGCCUUCCUCAGAAAGCAGCAGUUUGCUCUCGCAGCUUUGUGUCCUCUACCUUUGGAACGCCGACCAGAUCUUGGCUGCGAUUCGCUUUCCGCUCUCGGAAAACCAACUGGCGUAUGCGCUACGGGCCGAGACGCAGCGCUGCGUCGUGCGAAACGGGGCAGACGGGAUCGCCAGUAGAACCGCUUCGGCGAUGAAGAAUAGGAGCACUGGUGUGCUGAGCACAGAAGACUACCGCCGUCUCCACUAUGCGGCGCCAGAGUGUGGCUCUUUUUUACUACCUGCUGGACUCUCGGAUGAGGAAAAGGAGGCGAUUUGGAAAGCUUUGGAAGAGUGCGAAGCAGAGGAAUGCAGUUUAGCUGGCGGGGCAGCUGCGAACACGGGCGGUGCUGCGGAAUCGUUUCGUGAGAAAAAUGAGUGCUCGAGCUCGCCACUCCUGAAGAAAAGAAUGAAGGAACCGCGAGAGAACUACGAACAUACCACUUCAUCUUUGGAGCACGGGGCGAUCCUGGCGCGAAACGCGAAUGCCGACUCAGCAUCAUUGUCGUGUGCGGAGAUGAAUUUGAUUUCGGGCUCCGCGGCAAGGAGUGGACACGCAGCGGUCUGUCAGAGUGAAAAGAAAGCGACCGCCUCGCUUUGCGCACUGGACAACGACCGUCCGCGGACAAACUGCCCGUACACGAUCUCCCCAGACCUGAUUCAACCGCUCGACCCGUCCAGACAUCCAGUGUUUUCGUUUCGGAAAACAUCUUCUUCUCGCGGCGGCGAGUCCGACGACACACGCGUAGAUAACACGGCGGGGAACUACUUUGGGACGAAUAAUCAGGAGCAGCAAAUUCUGGAGGCGUGGCUGCGGCACGGGUACUUCGUGUAUGAAAUAUCAAAUCCAAGUUCCGGCACUUACGAUUCCAAGACGACUACUAGCAGCGAUAAUUCAGCACCGGUCCAUGCGAACAUUCCGGAUUAUGAUUCCGAGGGAAAAAUCGUCGAAAGUGCCUUAAACGCGGCGAAAAAUUUUUUCACCAGCCCGUUCUCCCGAUCGCUCACUACCGAGGAAAUGAAAGGAAUGCACAGCGGGGGGCGGUAUCUGGGGUACAACGAAAAUACUGAGCAUCGAAAGGAGCUUUUUCAGGUCCGCGCGGCAAUGCCACAGGAUAUUGUACCGGGUGGUAGCGACACAACUGCCAAGAUUCAUUCGGGUUUUGGUCUUGCAGCGGAGAAGUGUUACGCGCUGUUGCACAAAAUCGCGAAAGCGGCGGCCGAAGUUGCGCUCGGAGGUCAAGAGAGUACGGAGGACGCUAGGAAAAAUAAUGCUGCCCAAGGAAGUACGGCAGCAAAAGCGAAUUACGCGGAGGAGCGGAUGUUUGUGUCAAAAUCAAGAGCCGGUGGAGCAGGUGCAACCGCGGCAAACAACUCCUUCCGACAGAACCUGUCGUCUUCUAACUUGACGCUGUUCCACUACUACGCUGCGCCUGAUGUAGCUUCGCGACCGUCGUCUGCGGACGGGGUCGGUGCAGCCGUGAUGGACGAAGGCAGAACAAAAGGAGGUGCUAAUGCCACAUCUUCCUCAUCGCAGGACCAUCAAAAUCCGCCGAACUGCCCGUAUCACACAGACGUGGGCCUGGUUACGGUCAUACCGCAGAGUCUCUGUAAGAAAUGAUACAAAGUGACGCCAAUACGUCCCUCCAUCGGUAGUAGCUGUAAUCGUACUCCGCUUGUCAUCGGUAUCGUUCACAUCGUUCACCACAGUAAUAGGCCUAGAAUCGGUAUGCCACAAGAAGUAACAUCUGUCGCACCGUCGUAGUAUCGUAACUAGUAGUCGUAGCAUCGUGCUAAUGUCGUGAUACCAUCGUGAAUACUAUCUGUACGCAUACUACCAGGCGUCUUGAGUCAAAUAGUAUCUAACAACAAUCCCACUAGCGUCCUACUUCGUCCGUCUUGUACGGUUCUACUUUUGGAGGGUCAAGGUGUUCACACGUUUUCCUUACAGUCUCGAUCAUGUCCCGGGGAUGCACGUUUGGGAUUUCCACUUUGGGGAGUGGAUUGACUUUGACUCGGCCCGACCGAUUGAUGGGACAACUGGUAGCCGCUUCGUCAUCGUUUUCGCAGGCGAGACACUUGAGUACCUCUGGAAAAAGAAAGCAGAGGAAAAGCUAUCUUCCGGGCAUUCUUCUUCGUCGAAGGCAACGCUCGGGGAUGAGGGCGUUCAUCCUGUCAGGCCACAUGCGGUUCUGCAGGCCGGAAUCCACGAGGUGUCGGUCCGAGGGUCUCGUCCCCGGUUUUCCGCACCGUUCCAACUGCUCGCGGAGCCGAGUGUGAUGGUGGACUCACGAAAAACGGCUCGGCAGUUUGUGGAGGAACUUUCGAGUAAAAGGAUCUCGAGCAACUUUCCGAGGUGA